AUGGCCACGAAGCCCAAGGUCGCCACUAAGACCAAAGCAGAUCCCGAGGCAGGCAAGGCGCCGACCUCCACCCGGUCCCUCUGGAAGGGCGCAAUCAACUUCGGACUCGUGCACGUGCCCAUCGCCCUCUAUUCGGCGACCGAUGAGAGCGAUCUGAACUUCAAGAUGAUCGACAAGAGGUCGAUGGACCCUGUCGGCUACAAGCGCAUCAACAAGAAGUCGGGCGAAGAAGUCACCGCCACCGACAUCGUCAAGGGCAUCGAGUGGGAAGAUGGUCGGUUCGUCUUGCUAUCCCCUGAGGAGAUCGCGGCCGCCUACCCGAAGACCACCCAGACCAUCGAGAUCGAGUCCUUCAUUCCAAUCGACGAAAUCCCGUUCGUCUACCUCGAAAAGCCGUACUACACCGCGCCGAUCAACAAAGGGGCAAAGGUCUACGCGUUGCUGCGCGAGGCGCUGGCUGAGACGCGCAUGGUCGGCGUGGCGAAGGUGGUCAUUUCCAACAAGCAGCACUUGGCGCUCCUCACUGCCCUGUGGACCCGCGUUGAUCCUGAACCUGCUCCGGUGGGGCGGCGAAAUCAGGUCAUGGCAGAACCUGGAGCUUCCGCCUCAGGGCAUCAAGGAGGCCGGCAUCCGGGAUGCUGA